AUGUAUCUCCGUGUUGAAUCUGGAACGCAUAUUAAAACGCCCUUUGUUCCAGUAAUUACACAAGAAGGGGAUCCAGCAGCCGUUCAAUAUGGUGUACCUACUUUCAGACCCGUGACUUCUAGCGGAUCUCAAGGAACUCUAUCGAUUGCCAGCAGUUGGUUGAAACAUUGCGUCGAGAAACAUGACUGCCACAAAAGCCUUUUUGUCCCACGGGGAAAGAAAUGUCCGGAUUCGGACCUUUCCGAGGUAGUUGACGAGAGAAGCACUAUUUUUCCAACUCGUCUUCUUGACUUACAGGCCUUCAACGGGGGCUCUUUAGACAUACGACUAGUAGAAAAACCGGCUUCUGGCAGUCUGUACGCAACACUUAGUCACUGCUGGGGUGUCAAUUGUGAUGCUAGGUAUCAAGCAACCAAAUCCACUCUCCCGGCUCUCAGACACAGAAUGGGAUACGCAGAGCUUCCUAAGACCUACCGUGAUGCCAUAUCAGUUUGCCGUUCACUUGGUAUUCGAUAUGUCUGGAUUGACAGUUUGUGCAUCAUACAAGAUUCAAAGGAAGACUGGGCUAGCGAAGCCGCCAAGAUGGCCGACGUUUACAGCAACUCUCAUCUAACCAUCUCAGCUGACUGGAGCACCAAUUCGGAAGGUGGCUGCUUUCGAUUAAUCGAUCGGCCGCAAGGAAUUCAUCCGGAGCAUGCGAUUCGUAUCAGCAGUGUACUUUCUAAUGGAGAACGAAGCUGUUUGCACUUUUACCGUUACUGUUCGACUCCCCCGGGGCUCUUCAACUAUACUCAUCUGGCCAGCCGGGCUUGGGCCUACCAGGAGAGAAUUCUCUCUCGGCGCAACCUCCAUUUCACACAACACCAGCUCUUUUGGGAAUGCAGGAAGGGAUUUGCCAGCGAAGACAUGGUGCCCGACUGUUCUGAACCCUCCCCCUUGACACCGUCUUAUCUUCUCAAUAUAAGGGCCACAAAGAGUGCAGAACAACAUCUCCAGAGUUGGUGUUACCAGAUUAUCAGCCACUACUCUGAUGCCAAGAUAACAUUCCCAACCGACAGGCUCCCUGCUGUAUCAGCCUUGGCAAAACAUUUCGCAGAUGAGUUGUGCUCUCCGUACCUAGCAGGCCUUUGGCUCGAAGGCCUUUGGUAUACAUUAAGCUGGUACAGGAGGGAACGACAGAGUACAGAAAGGCCUAAGAACUAUAUUGCGCCAUCUUGGUCUUGGGCCGCCAUCAACGCUGGGGUAUUUUGGCUUAUGGUGCCUAGUGGAGACAUCGUCAAGCGUGUUGAGAUUAUAGAUGCAAUGGUAGAUCUUGUCGGUGACCCGUUUGGUCAAGUUUCCCAUGGAUGGAUUCGCGUUACAGGACUACUCGUUGAAAAUGUAUCCCCAUUAACAAAGUUCCCAAAAGCGGUUUUAGAUCUCAUUCUUCCAGAUUACCCACUGGAGCCUCCACCUGAAAAAGUUCACUGUCUUCUUCUUGGCGAAAGAACCUUUCCUUAUAUUAGGAAUUAUUACCUUCUUUUAGUAAUCAGUUCCAAAGAUUUGAAUGUAUAUGAGCGAUAUGGCAUGGGAACGACAGAGUUUGGCACGUUUGAACAUUGGCAAGAAAAGACAAUUACAAUUAUUUAA